AUGGGUGAAAAAAGGCGUACGGCCCUGGCGGGACAGGUAUCCAUGGGCUCUAGUGCCGAGGUGCUGGAUGAUGGGUACACCGGGUCGAAAGAUACCAAGAUCAACCUGCAGAGCAAUUCGCUCUUCUCCUCUGCCACCAACUGCAUUGUCUGGUCUCUGCCUAUGUCGCAGUUGACUUAUUUGGUGUAUUUGAUCGAACUCCUGAAGUUCUGUGAUGAUUUGAAGAACAUCCCGGAACGUGUGGCCUUCUUGGUGAUGACCAAGGGCGUCAUGGCGCGUCACACGGGUGAGAUGGUGCCGUCUCAGUGUACCGGUGCUCUGGGCACCACGGUCUGGGCAGUCUGCCGCACGAUUCGCCUGGAAAGUCCCAAGCUCUUGGUGUGCACCGUGGACAUGCCGUCCAGCGCAGAUGUGCAUGAGAUGACCGAUUGCAUCCGGGCAGCACAACUCGAUCCAGGCCCAAGGAAUGAAAUUUCCUUCAUCAUCGACCGAACCAAUCAGCUAGGCAAGCGGCCCUACUGAUUCUGAUGUCUUGCUUCCGACAUAAAUUUCCGCGAGAUGAAAAAGGGUGGGUCGUGGGGACCAAAUACUACAGGAGGUGACUGGUCC